AUGGGUAGGUAUAGAUGAAUUGAGACUUUUUUAUUUUUUCGAUCAUUUUGUUAGUCUUACGGACAAAAAAAGUUGCCAUUUUUUAGAUUUAAAUUUUUAAUCUUUUGUUUCUUUUCAGAAAUCGAAGUUAUCACUCCGCCAACAGGGGUGUAUUUCGCGGAACAAGGUGGUCGGCCUAAACCUCAACAACUGGUCGAACCUUCAUUGGAAGAGCAAUUUGACAACAUUCAACCGAGUGAAUUGACUGAAGAAGCGCUGUCUGAUGUUAGUGAUGAUGGAUACAAACAGUUUGUGCACCAGGACACUACCAGCAAGUUUGGGUCGGCGUUUGCACCACUUGUGUUCAAUCAAUUACUACGAAAGUACACAGUAAUCAACGCGGUAUGCUGGGGAAUAUGUUUGGGAUUUGGCUUUUAUGGGCUGUGGCAGGUGUUCACGCUUUACCGGGAGUACGAUUCGGUAAGAAUUUGCAUUGCUAUUUAGCGUAGAAAAGUCUUGUCGUUUAUUUGUAUGGUUCUGCAUGAUCAAAAACGACAAGACUUUUUUUUGUGACGUUUUAAAAUACGAUGUUUUGUUUUUUGCAAAUUUUAAUAAUUUUUAUGUCAAUAAGGUCCAGAAAAACAAAUUUUGUAUCUUUCAGAUUCGCGACGACUACCUCCAAGACAUACCAUGCAUUUACGAGUGGACUGAAUGGUCUAAGUGCUCGGCUAGCUGUCGUACCUCUAAGAAGGAGUAUCCGAAGCAGCAAAGAGUAGUGAAAAGAGAUUCUAUUAUUGAAGCCAGAGGAUCGUACGUCAAGAGUGCGUCGUGUAAUAGCACAUUGAUGGGAAUAAUCCAAAAACGACCAUGUAACGUCCACAAAUGUCCAGUCAAGUUGGGAAGUUUGAGUUUUCGCAAAGAAUGUAUUACUAUUUAUGCUGAUGAGGCAGAUGAAGUAGGGGAGUUUGUUCACGUCAGAAACAUUAGUAUUGAGGAUAUGGAAACGGCAAGUUUGGUUUGAUUUAAAGGGUUGAUCAUACUUUGGCAAUAAUAAUGAGAAAGCGUAUCUAGAGAGGUAUCUAGAUGACCUGUUGUCUACAAUAAAAUGGUUGAGUCAAACCAAUGGAGGCCAUUCUAUCAGUGGCUGAAUAUAGCAAGUGUUAAUGUUUAUACUGUAUUCUAUUACAGUAUAAAUGUUUUAGAUCCACAUUGACACCAAUGACCUUUACAAACCCUGCACAUACACAACUACACCUGUUACAACUACUACUACAAUCACUUCUACUGUUAUUGCUGUUACUAAUGCCACCAAUGAUACUGAUGGCAGUGUACCCGAUCUUACUAUUACUGCUGAUUUUACAGUUUCAGUCAAUGACACAGCAACCACGAUUGGUGGUAUGACGGUUGGUGGCUAG